GGUUGAGAUGAUGAUGUGAUCAGCUCCUUCAUCAACAUGUGAAUGUGUAGAAAUAAAGGCCAGAGUGAGGCUGUGGUCAGAGAGGAGGAGCUUUCUUAGUCCUCAGCUGUUUCCAGGAAGCUGCUGCAGCUUCAUCAUGUCUCAUAUUAACGUCAUCUAAAGGUGCAGCAGCUGAUCUUUGCUCUUUGUGUCUCAGAGUGACGGCAGCCUGCAGACACAGAGGAGGAUUUUCUCUCAGACCUGGUCCACACAGCAGAGAGCUGCAGAGGAAGAAGCUGAGUGUUUCAGAGUGACGGCAGCCUGCAGACUCAGAGGACCGGUGACGGAGAAGCAGCCCAGGAUUUUCUCUGUUUCUGCUCAAACCCAGACAGCAGAGAUCUGGACUGGUGGGAAGAAGCUGAGUGGAGUCCUGACUGGUUCCAGGAAACAGAUCACCUGUCUGAGCGUCCAGGAGUGGACUGGAAACUUUCUUCUUCGUCUUCAGCGCUUUGAAUAAAGUGUGAAGGUAGAAAGUGUGUGUGAGCUGCUGUGAGUUGAGCAUCAUGGAUGAGUGUGAGGACAGAGAGGAGGGAGUCCCUCCCUCUAAAAGCUCUCUGUGUGGGGAACAGGAGAACCAGAGCAAAGCUCAGAGGAAUCCACCUGGACCUGGAUCUGAACCUGGAUCCAGCUGUUUGUCUUUGAAGAGUGACCGGUCUAAGGGUCUUCCUAUUAACUUUAAAGGAGAACCAGGUCCUGAAGUAAGAGGAAAGAAGAAGCAUUUUCCUUCCCGGUGGUUUUCCUCUCUAUUUACCAGAAUCCAUCAGAGACCAGAUUCUGCAGUCCAGCAGCAUCACCUGGACUCCAUAUUCAUGCUGCUGGAGGACAACAUGGUGACUUUUGUGAAGAAGGAGCUGAAGAAGAUGCAGAAGAUUGUGAGUCCAGAUUACCCAGAAUGCUCCUCAGAGAGUCAGAGGGAGAAUGAGGAGGAGUUGGAGGAUGGUGAUGAAGAUGAGAGGAGCAGCAGAGAGAUGUUUGAGCAGAUCACAGUGUUGUUCCUGAGGAGGAUGAAGCAGGAGAAGCUGGCUGACUGUCUGCAGAGCAAACUUGCUGCUGGAGUUUGUGGACGUGAACUUAAACGUGGUCUGAAGAAGAAGUUCCAGAGAGUGUUUGAGGGCAUCGCUAAAGCAGGACAGAAGACCCUCCUGAAUGAGAUCUACACAGAGCUGUACAUCACAGAGGGAGGGACUGCAGAGGUCAAUGAUGAACAUGAGGUCAGACAGAUUGAAGCAGCAUCCAGGAAAGCAGACAGAGCAGAAAGAAGCAUCAGAGCAGAAGACAUCCUUAAAGGCUCACCUGGAAGAGAUGGACCAAUCAGAACAGUGAUGACAAAGGGAGUGGCUGGCAUCGGGAAAACAGUGUUAACACAGAAGGUGACUCUGGACUGGGCUGAAGACAAAAGCAACCAGGACAUCCACUUCAUGUUUCCAUUGACUUUCAGAGAGCUGAAUGUGGUGAAUGAGAGAAAGUUCAGCUUGAUGGAACUUGUUCAUCACUUCUUCAGUGAAACCAAAGCAGCAGGAAUCUGCAGCUUUAAAUACUUCCAGGUUGUGUUGAUCUUGGACGGUCUGGAUGAGUGUCGCCUUCCUCUGGACUUCCACAACAAUGAGGUCCUGACUGAUGUUAGAGAGUCCACCUCAGUGGAUGUGCUGCUGACAAACCUGAUCAGGGGGAAGCUGCUUCCCUCUGCUCGCCUCUGGAUAACCACACGACCUGCAGCAGCCAAUCAGAUCCCUCCUGACUGUGUGGACAUGGUGACGGAGGUCAGAGGGUUCACCGACCCACAGAAGGAGGAGUACUUCAGGAAGAGAUCCAGAGAUGAGGAGCAGGCCAGCAGCAUCAUCUCCCACAUGAAGAAGUCACGAAGCCUCCACAUCAUGUGCCACAUCCCAGUGUUCUGCUGGAUCACUGCUACAGUUCUGGAGGAGCUGCUGAGAAGCAGAGAGGAAGGAGAUCUGCCCAGAACCCUGACUGAGAUGUUCAUCCACCACCUGGUGGUUCAGGCCAAAGUCAAGAAGGUCAAGUAUGAUGGAGGAGCUGAGACAGAUCCACACUGGAGUCCAGACAGCAGGGGGAUGAUUGAGUCUCUGGGAAAACUGGCUUUUAAUCAGCUGCAGAAAGGAAACCUGAUCUUCUAUGAGUCUGACCUGACAGAGUGUGGCAUCGAUGUGGAAGCAGCCUCAGUGUACUCAGGAGUGUUCACACAGAUCUUUAAAGAGGAGAGAGGACUGUACCAGGACAAGGUGUUCUGCUUCGUCCAUCUGAGUGUUCAGGAGUUUCUUGCUGCUCUUCAUGUCCAUCAGACCUUCAUCGACUCUGGAAUCAACCUCCUGGAAGAACAACAACAAACAACAUCCUGUUGGUCUGAAAUGUUCCAAAGUUAUUCAAGAGGUUUCUACCAGAGAGCCGUGGACGAGGCCUUACAGAGUCCAAACGGGCACCUGGACUUGUUCCUGCGCUUCCUCCUGGGUCUGUCACUGCCGACCAAUCAGAAUCUCCUACCAGGCCUGCUGUCACAGACAGGAAGUAGCUCACAGACCAAUCAGAAAACAGCGGAGUACAUCAAGGAGAAGAUCAGUGAGAAUGUAUCUGCAGAGAGAAGCAUCAAUCUGUUCCACUGUCUGAAUGAACUGAAGGAUGUUUCUCUAGUGGAGGAGAUCCAACAGUCCCUGAGAUCAGGACGUCUGUCCACAGAUAAACUGUCCCCUGCUCAGUGGUCAGCUCUGGGCUUCAUCUUACUGUCAUCAGAAGAACAUCUGGACGUGUUUGACCUGAAGAAAUACUCUGCUUCUGAGGAGGUUCUUCUGAGGCUGCUGCCAGUGGUCAAAGCCUCCAAGAAAGUUGUACUGAGUGGUUGUAAUCUGUCAGAGAGAAGCUGUGGAGCUCUGUCCUCAGUCCUCAGCUCCCAGUCCUCCAGGGUGACAGAGCUGGACCUGAGUAACAACAACCUGCAGGAUUCAGGAGUGGAGAUUCUUUCUGCUGGACUGGAGAGUCCACACUGUAAACUGGAAGCUCUCAGGCUGUCAGGCUGUCUGGUCACAGAGGAAGGCUGUGCUUCUCUGGCCUCAGCUCUGAGCUUGAAGACCUCAAAUCUGAGAGAGCUGGACCUGAGCUACAACCAUCCAGGAGACUCAGGAGAGAAGAUGCUGAGAGCUAAAGUGGAGGAUCCACACUGUAGACUGGAAACUCUCAGGGUGACGCCUGCUGGAGUCCCAUGGUUGACACCAGGUCUGAGGAAGUAUUCCUGUCAACUCACAGUCUACACAAACACAGUAAACAGAAACCUCAAACUGUCUGACAACAACAGGAAGGUGACGUAUGUGGAGGAGUAUCAGAGGUAUCCUGAUCAUCCAGACAGGUUUGACUGGUAUCAUCAGCUGCUGUGUAGAACUGGUCUGACUGGUCGCUGUUACUGGGAGGUGGAGUGGAGAGGAAGGGUUGAUAUAUCAGUGAGUUACAGAGGAAUCAGAAGGAAAGGAAACAGUUAUGACUGUGUGUUUGGAUUUAAUGAUCAGUCCUGGAGUCUGAUCUGCUCUGAUCAUGGUUACUAUGUCAGACACAAUAACAGUGAAACAUUCAUCAGGUCCUCCUCAGUCUCUCACAGAGUUUCAGUUUAUGUGGACGUUCCUGCUGGAACUCUGUCCUUCUACAGAGUCUCCUCUGACUCUCUGAUCCUCCUCCACACCUUCAACACCACAUUCACUGAACCUCUCUAUCCUGGAUUUGGGUUCUACAGGUCCAGGUUUGGUUCCUCAGUGUCUCUGUGCUGAGUCUCGUCUCCAGAGUCUCCUCCUGGUACAGAAACAGUGUUGAACAGAUGGUUGAGUCUCUCCAUGACUCUGUCCCUCACAAACAUGUUUUCACAUUCAUGGAUUAAAUGUGUUUCUUUGUCAAAUCCUUCUCAAUGAUUCCUUGUAAACUUGUUCCUCUUCAAAGAUGAAGUUGUGAUUCUUCCAGGAGCCAAAUGUGGUGUUUGCGUCUUUUUCCAGUCAAAUGUUGAGAGUGAAAAUCAGGAUGUGGUGUUCCUCUGACGCUCACUGGAACUAAAAGCAUUUGAGCUGCACAAAGUGUGAAAUGAGAGAGGAAGCAGUGAAUCUCCAAACUGCUGACAGA